UUGCAUUGUCUUCUUCUUUUACUUCAAGGAUUUCUUCAAAAAUUUCCGCAAAAAUCGGAUAUUUUGCAAUUAUUGAUUGAUUAUAAGUUUUGCGAUUAUAAUUUUGCAAUUUAUUUGGAGCUUGUGAAUAUUUAUAGAAUUAAUUAUGAUCUCGAUGAUUAUCAGGUAUGCUUAAAAUGUGCAUUUGGGGGAACCUUUUUUGGGACUUUAUUUUUACCAUCAAAAAAUGAUACGUUUUUUUCAGCCAUCUUCAUCUCUUUGUCUCUCAAAACGCCCAAUCGCCCAGACAUUGUUAUUCCAACGUGACGCUUUAAAAACCGAGAUGAGUGUUUGGGUGAAAGAUCGAGAAAUUCGUCGAGAAAUCUAUCGAUUGAUUUAUAAAAAUGGUUGGAAUAUUUGUUGGGCUCAUCUUCGAGCAUUUAUUAUUUCGUGUGCAAUUCCCGAUUUGGAAGAUGAAUCGAUUGAAGAAUCCGAUGUGAGAAGAAUUUUGAUGAUUUUGGCAAAUGCUGAAGAUUUUGUGAAUGAUGACAUGAAAUUGAAAUUGGCCAGGAUUUUGGAAAAGAAAAAAUAUUUAUGGACAUUGUAAGUUGGGAAAAAGUUUGUAAUAACAAAAUUAUGAAAUUAGUUGAACUUCAUUAUUAAUUCUCGAAUAAUUUGUUUUCUACUGAACUUCUUAAUUUUUUCCAGAGACUCAACAAAAUGUGCCAUGAAACAAGUCGAAUCAAUAAUUUGUGAUAAACCCGUUGAUUCGGCAUGGAUUCGAAACAGUUUCAAUCUCGAAGAUGUUGAAGCAAAAGAGAUAGCAUUGAAUACCGGUUGCCGAUUUGUUUCCGAUCUCAAACCGAAUGCCACAUUUUCCGAUAAUUUUUACAAAGGUUUUGAAGAUUUUUUAGAAUUCCGAAAAUUGUUAUAUUUUUUUCCAGAUCAUGAACUGAAAUUGAUAUCAGCGGUUGCGAUGUAUUUACAAGAUGAUGAUUCGGAUAUUCGAGAAAAGGCUUCGUCUUAUCUCUGUCAUUUGUUCUCAUAUUCUUCCCCAUUGAAUCCGGCUGUUUGUCGACUUUUGAUUUCAAAUUGGAUUUUGAGAAAUGGUGAUUCGGAUUAUUCAGAUGACGAAGAUGAAAAUCUUGAAGAGGAAGAAGAUCUUGAUGCAUUUGCGGAUGAUUCGCUUUUCGAUGCAUGUUCCUUCAAUCAAUACGCAGAGCGUGAAGUUUUCGGCAAUGUUCAAUUGUAUUAUUCAAUUCGUGAACGAAUAGGUGAACCUUCAGAUGUUUUUGAAUUGGAAAUGGAUUUCGAUUGA